GGAGCAGUGUUGUGGACAGAGAUUCCUCAGGGGGAAGUGAGCUAACUAGUUCCCCCUGCUAGCUAACCAGCCAGGCUAAUUGAUUGUAGCUUAGCUGGCAGCAGUGGUUCGUCCUGCUGGUACGCGGAAAUGGUCGGCUGCUGCUCUGACGCGUUUUAUUUUCCGAACCACGGCAUCUUAAACUUCAAGCUAACAUCUAAGUCCCGGCGCUGACGCGACGGUGACGAGCGCAACGUAAUUUUUCUGAUAGCUACUAUUUGAACACUGCCAGCUUCUCGGAAGGGCACCGUGCAAGCGCUGCUGUCGCACAACAUAUGGUACUGAUGGAGCAGUGACUCUGUGAAGGGGGUUUUAGGGAGCUGGUAAGUGCAUGUCCACCAUGGCAGAUGGAGGCAGUGACGACGAUGUAAUUCACCUGGCAAGUUUCAACGUCCACCGCAGUCAAGGCUCCCGUGCGCGUCAGAGGGAGCUCAUCACAAUUUCUGAUGACUCGGACGAGGAGCCUGUGACUCUGGUACCUGGUAGUCCAGUUUUGGUCCCAGAUGAUGACGACGUCAGCAUAUUGGAGCCACUAACUCCUGCUCGCAGACACGUGAUUCGCCCGGCAGCCAAAUGGAGUGGGAGUCACUCUCACAACCUAAUUCAAAUUGUAGGUCAUAGUACUGCAACUCCCGGAGUUCCAACGGGGGACCCCAGCUCUGCCCCUUCCACCUCCAGAGAUACUAACGCCAACUCCUCCGCAGUAAGGCCAGCCACACGAACACAAUCACCAGUGCAGUCUGGCACUUCUGAAAACACACAGCCACAACCAGGCUCCUCCUCACAAACACAGACUCAGUCAAAACCUGGCACAAAUUCACAGCAACAGGACGGUACGUCAACACAUACAGGUGUGGUGCGCCAUGCAGUCUCCUCUCUCCAGAACCCAUCUACCUCCACGAAUGCCAAGGCUUAUGCCAUCUCAUCCAGAGCACCUAUACGAGUUCUUACUCAGCCUCAGCCCAGCACAUUUGGACUCGCACAACCACAAGCUGGAUCCUCAGCACAUGUACCUGUGGAGACCCAGGCGAGUACCUCUGCCAGUGCCACAAACUCUUCUUGUGCAGUUGCGGUAAGAGCAUUGAAUCCUUCUAUAAAGACUGAAGAAGAGGCAGGUAGCAGUACUCAUUCAGAAGACAAUCCUCAGGCGAGCACUUCAUCUGCACAGACACAGUCUCACUCACGGACGCAGCCUCAGCCUGGUACAUCCACACAGCUCCAGUCCUGUGGGACCACAACCCUUCAGCCCCGACUCAUACAGGUGAACAAGGGUAAGCGUGUUGUUCUUCCACAACGGCAGAGCUUCCAAUCCUCUGCUCUAAUAACCCAGCUUCAGCGCAGGACCCAGGACCAGCUGCAGUCUGUACCACCCAACAGAAUGCAAGGGAAUCUCAUUCAGACUGAGCCACAAUCCUUGGCUCAGGCGCCUGCCCAGCCCCCAGUGCAGGCAGCACAACCCCCUCAGGUGAUACCGGCCAUCCGCCCUGCAGUGCUAAUAGCUGCAGCCCCAGAGAGACUAGGUCCUCCAGAGGCUGGCCACCGGAUCAUCCUGGGGAGCCAGGCACCGGGAGAGGCUGUUCCCAAUCCUCCACCACAAGCUGGCGUCUCCAGUGCGGGUCCACCAGCCCGCGGCCUCCACAUCUGGGUGCCCAAUGUGAACCUCCCCGGCCCUCCAGCUACUCUCCCUCAUAACGGAGGGGAGGCUCGUCUCCUCAUGGCUCCAAACCCAGAAAGGGCCAAUCCAUUCCCUGGUCUGGCCUCGGUCCCUCCUGCCCCAGAGGACGUUCCCCGAAUAGAAGAUGCAAGGCCUGGUCCGUCUGCACCACGAGAGAUACCGGAGCAGCAUCCCCAAAUCAGAACCCUCAUCACUGUUGUCCUGGAUCUAUUCCCAGAUGUUCAAGAAGCCUAUGUAGCAGAACUGAUCCAAAAGAAUAAUGUGAAAGACAUGAAUGUUAUCUGUAACCUGCUGUUGGAGAACCCAGAGUAUCCACGGAGGGAGACUGCAGCAGCAGCAGCCGCUGCAGCUCCCACCAGCAUUCUGCUGGAGUCUGGAGACACCCAGACCGAGGUGAGCGAGGACCUGUUUGAUUAUACCAAGCUGGGCGCGGUGGGCCCGGAGGCCGUGAUGCAGGCUGCCGACCUGCUCAUGGCCGAUUUCAGGAUGCUCAGCUGUCAGGAUAUCAAAUGGGCCCUCAACGCUCUGAAGGGACACUAUGCAAUCACACGCAAGGCCUUAUGUGAAGCUCUGAAGAAAUGGCAAGAGUCAGGCGACCCCUCAGGAAAGAGACGACGGAGCAGAGCCUCCUCUGAGCGCUGCUACAUUGAUUUCCAUUUCGAGCGCGGUUCAGUGAAGUUCGACAAGCGGAUGUAUUUCUUGGAGAAUGACCGUCGCUACUACCGGACGUACAGCAAUCUGGAGGCUUCUGUGCAGAAGGAGCUGUCAUUCUAUCAGCAGAAGGCCAAGGAGUCGGCAGAGCAUGAGGACUUCCUCCUGGCUCUGCAGGUCAAUGAAGAUGAAUAUAAGAAGGACGGCCAGCUGAUCGAGUGUGGCUGCUGCUAUGGGGAGUUUGCGUUUGAGAAGAUGACGCAGUGUUCCGACGGUCACCUUUUCUGUAAAGAGUGCCUGGUGAAAUACGCUCAGGAGGCAGUGUUUGGCUCUGGAAAGUCGGAGCUGAGCUGCAUGGAGGGGGGCUGCACGUGCUCCUACCCAGUGUGUGAGCUGGAGAAAGUCCUACCAGAAAACAUACUGUGUAAAUAUUAUGAGAGGCAGGCGGAGGAGGCGGUCGCCGCCACCUGUGCUGAUGAACUAGUACGGUGUCCAUUUUGCAACUUCCCAGCCUUGUUGGACAAAGCCAUGUCUCUGUUCAGCUGCCCCAGCCCCCGGUGCCGCAAGGAGAGCUGCAGGAAGUGCCACGUCCAGUGGAAGCAGCAUUUGGGGAAGACGUGUGAGCAGGUCCUAGAGAGGGAUGAGAUCAGCAUGAGGGUGCUCUUCGAGGAGCGUAUGACGGCCGCUCGAGUGAGGAAAUGUGUCAAGUGCGGGAUGGGCCUGGUCAAGUCGGAGGGCUGCAACCGGAUGUCCUGCCGCUGCGGCAGCUUCAUGUGCUACCUUUGCCGAGAGCCCAUCACCGGCUACAACCACUUCUGCCAGCACGCCCGCUCCCCCGGCGCACCCUGCCGCCACUGCCGCAAGUGUUCCCUCUGGACUGACCCCACGCAAGAUGAUGAGCGGAUCAUUCAAGAAAUCCAGAAGGAAGGCGAGGUCGAGCUGAGUAAGAAAUGUGCAGAUAAUUCAGAGAAGAGGGUCGGUCCUCCUCCGGAGCCCAUCAUAGAUGCCAAGCGGCCGCGCGUGGGUCCACCCCCCGAAAACCCGCCCUACCCGAACCCCCCGGCCCCUCCUCCUCCUCCUCCUCCUCCCCAGGCGGUACAAGCACCCCUGUUCGUCCCCCCUCGUGCCCGCUACCCUCCACCUCCUCCUCCGGGCAGGAUGUACCACCAGGUGAUCUUGCCUCGGCUGCCCCCGGCACCCUACGUGCCCCCCCUGCAACACAUGCCCCCCCUGAACAAUAACAACAACAACAACAACAACCACCAUCACCACCAAAACAACCCGCCCAUCAACCCUCAUCACCACAACAUGGACAUGAUGGACCUGCCCAUGCACUACGGGCCCCCGCACCGCUACUACAGGCGCUUCUAACAGUUAGACUUCUCCUCUCAGUGGUGAGAUCUGUGUGCGUUACUUUUUCUAUUCGUUCUCUCUAUCUGUUUUUUCAAAAACGUCUCUUUGGGCUCAGACGGUAAAACACACUGAAAUGACUGAAAAGCGCAUCUGUAGAACGACACACGUGCGCGCACACACACUUUGCCUUUUUCCCACUGAACUUGAGACUUCAACGAUGAAGGGGAUCCUCACAUGACGCACUCCCGCUUUCCUCUUUUUCUGCUUAAAUUUCCGCUUGAACUGAUUAACGGUCGAGUUAUUUCCUGUUUAUACAGAUAUUUUUGAGUACACGAUGAAAGAAAAAUAUGACGGUUAACAUUCCCUUCAGUAUCCUUUUGUGUAACGUGUGAGACGACACAAUUUUUCUAAUAAAGUUUUGAGUUCACGUUC